GAAGUGCCCUCCCGUUUGACCUCCUCUUCCCCUCCAGGGCAAGAUGGCGGCGUGGCAACGGUUACUAAGCGACGGGGGACUGAGGGGCGCCCUCGGGAGGCUCCGGUUUUCCUGCCUGAAUGAUGGAAGGAGGUCCUUCGCCCGCUGCUGUUUGAAAGAUACUUUACAGCAGCCCCCAAAGAUUUUAUCCUGGAGGCUUUAUCCAGCCAGAAAUUUUGCCUCAGCUGCUACUGCCAGAUCCACAGAAGAAAAUAUACUAAAAUGGGGACUUCUGCUCAUCCCAAUAGGUUCAUUUUUCCUUGGCUCUUGGCAGGUUCGGCGGCGGGAAUGGAAGAGGAAGCUGAUUGCCGAACUGGACAGCAGGGUUACUGCUGAGCCAAUUCCACUGCCAGCAGACUUCUAUGAACUGAACGAAUUAGAAUACGUGCCAGUCAAGGUCAGAGGUCAUUUUGACCACACCAAAGAGCUGUAUGUGAUCCCGCGAACCCCAGUAGAUCCCGAGAAAGAAGCCAGGAAUGCCGGCCGUAUCAUGUCUAACGUAGAGAGCGGAGCCCACGUGAUCACUCCCUUUUACUGCACUGACCUCGGGAUAACGAUUCUAGUCAACAGAGGAUUUGUUCCCAGAAAGAAGAUGAAUCCAGAGACCAGAUUAAAGGGACAGAUCCAAGACGAUAUUGAACUCACCGGGUUGGUGAGGCUAUCAGAACCUCGGAGGGCUUUUGUGCCGGAGAACAACAUCGAACAAAACGCUUGGUUUUACCGUGAUUUGGAUGCCAUGGCUAGAGUCACCGGAGCCGAGCCCAUUUUUAUCGACGCUGACUAUAGAAGCUCAGUUCCCGGGGGGCCAAUCGGGGGCCAGACCAGAGUAACUUUACGAAACGAGCACAUGCAGUAUAUACUUACUUGGUACACCCUAUGUGCAGCCACUUCCUUUUUGUGGUACAAGAGGUUCAUUCAGAAGGUGCCUUUCUGAAUCCUACAACUGCUGAAGAACGUGGUUUAGGGGUGCGGCUUUAAAAAGUGGCCACCUAUCCCAAGUCAGAGAGUGGAGCAUUUGGAAGAUGAUUGGGGACUUCUUGAUGGACACCUCACCCAAGCCAGGAGUUGCUGGAAACCAGGCAGAGCAUCUCUGAAAAGUAAGCGGAUCCUCAAGUAUUUGGGGAAAUGUUACUGGUUAGCAGAAGACAAAUAAUGGAGAGUUUUGAAGGAAAAAGUCUUUUCAAAUGUGGGUGCGUCAAUGAACAAGAAAUCAAUUAAAAUUAGAGGCUUUAGCAUUGGACUCUAUAUUUGUGACAAUUUGAAUCAUGUUUCUUAAAAUAUGUGAAUAAAAUGAGUGUUCAACUCUUCCUGGUA